CGCGUGACUUUAUGGCGUGCAACUCAAGCGAAGAGCAAAGAGCUUACAGCUUACCGGAGCCUCCAGGAGAAAAAAGAAUUCCAGAAGAAGAGUGGGAUAAAUACAUCAUACCUGCCAAAUCGGAUUCUGAAAAGUACAAAGUGAGCCGAACUUUCAGCUUCAUCAUGAAUCGGAUGACUAGCCCUCGGAAUAAGUCUAAGACAAAAAGCAAGGAUGCCAAAGACAAAGAGAAACUGAGCCGGCAUCAGUUUGUCCCUGGAACGUUCUCCGGUGUGCUGCAGUGCGCGGUUUGUGAUAAAACGCUCCUGGGGAGAGAGUCGUGCCAGUGUUCCAACUGCAAUGCAAAUGUACAUAAAGGUUGUAAAGAUGCUGCGCCUCCGUGUCCCAAGAAAUUCCAAGAGAAAUAUAACAAGAACAAACCGCAGACCAUCCUUGGAAAUUCUUCAUUUAGAGACGUCCCACUGCCUGGCCUCUCCUUACACCCCUCUUCCUCCAUGCCCAUUGGAUUGCCGGCUGGCAGGAAGGACACCGCAGGGCAGGCCCAUCCGUUGUCCAGAAGCGUUCCGGGCACCACCUUGGACAGGAGGCCAGGGACGUCCCUGGAGUCUGAGAGUGACGGGAACUCCUGGAGAAGCAGGUCUCAUUCCGAUGAGCUUUUACAGUCCAUGGGCUCAUCUCCCUCCACGGAUUCUUUCCUAAUGGAAGAUGUCGUGGAUUCCUGCCUGUGGAGCGACCUCAGCAGCGAUGCCCAGGAGUUCGAGGCAGAAUCUUGGAGUCUCGUGGUGGACCCCUCGUUCUGCAGUAGGCAGGAGAAGGGCGUCAUCAAAAGACAGGAUGUCAUUUUCGAGCUAAUGCAGACGGAAAUGCAUCACAUCCAGACCCUCUUCAUCAUGUCCGAGAUCUUCAGGAAAGGAAUGAAGGAGGAGCUGCAGCUGGACCACAGCACUGUGGAUAAAAUCUUCCCCUGCUUGGACGAGCUACUUGAAAUCCAUAGGCAUUUCUUCUGUAGCAUGAAGGAGCGGAGGCAGGAAUCCUGCGCUGACAGCGACAGGAAUUUCAUCAUCAACCGCAUUGGAGAUAUCCUAGUACAACAGUUUUCAGAAGAAAAUGCAAAUAAAAUGAAGAAAAUAUAUGGAGAAUUCUGUAGUCAUCACAAAGAAGCUGUUAGCCUAUUUAAAGAACUCCAGCAGAAUAAGAAGUUUCAGAAUUUUAUUAAGCUCCGAAAUAGUAAUCUUCUGGCUCGACGCCGAGGAAUUCCAGAAUGCAUUCUGCUAGUCACUCAGCGCAUCACCAAAUACCCGGUCUUAGUGGAGAGGAUAUUGCAGUACACGAAGGAAAACACAGAAGAGCACAAAGACCUGUGCAAAGCACUUUGCUUAAUUAAAGACAUGAUUGCGGCCGUGGACUUAAAAGUCAGCGAAUAUGAGAAAAACCAGAAAUGGCUCGAGAUCCUGAGUAAGAUCGAGAACAAAACGUGUACAAAGCUCAAAAAUGGCCACGUGUUUAGGAAGCAGGCGCUGAUAAGCAAAGAGAGGACUCUGCUAUAUGAUGGCCUCGUGUUCUGGAAAACUGCUACGGGCCGUUUCAAAGAUAUCCUAGCUCUACUUCUAACUGAUGUGCUGCUCUUCUUACAAGAAAAAGACCAGAAGUACAUCUUUGCAGCUGUUGAUCAGAAGCCAUCCGUCAUUUCCCUUCAGAAGCUUAUUGCCCGAGAAGUUGCUAAUGAGGAGAGAGGAAUGUUUCUGAUCAGCGCUUCCUCUGCUGGUCCUGAAAUGUAUGAGAUUCACACCAGUUCCAAGGAGGAGCGAAACAACUGGAUGAGACGGAUCCAGCAGGCAGUCGAGAGUUGCCCAGAAGAAGGGGGAAGGACAGGUGACUCUGAUGGAGAGAGGAGGAAAGCUGAAGCUAGAGUGGCCAAAAUUCAGCAAUGUCAAGAAAUACUCUGUAAUCAAGACCAACAAAUUUGUACGUAUUUGGAGGAGAAGCUGCAUAUCUAUGCUGAGCUUGGAGAGCUGAGUGGGUUUGAAGAUGUCCAUCUGGAGCCCCACCUCCUGAUCAAACCUGACCCCGGAGAGCCUCCCCAGGCAGCCUCCUUAUUGGCAGCAGCACUGAAGGAAGCCGAGGGCCUUCAGACGGCAGUGAAGGCCUCCCGGGGGGGAGACGCCUGCCCGGCCUCCGAGGAGGGGCGCGGGGAGCCUGCCCCGACGGGGACGGAGGAGCCCGGCUGCGACGCGCCAGGACCGCCCACCGCCUCACUAGUCACAGAAGGGACAGAAGGAAGAGGCUGUUGGGAUGUGGAUCCUGGGACCCAGGGUGUGGGAGCCGACUUGGCGGUCUCUGAUGCAGGGGAGAAGGUGGAAUAUAGAAGUUUUCCAGGUUCCUCUCAGUCAGAGAUUAUACAAGCGAUACAGAAUUUAACCCGUCUCUUAUACAGCCUCCAGGCCGCCCUGACCAUCCAGGACAGCCACAUCGCGAUCCACCGGCUGCUGCUCCGGCCGCAGGAGAGCCUGUCCCCGGGCCCUGCUCUCCGAGGCAGCCCCUUUCAGGACCGCGGCCUGGAGCGGCGGCGUGAGGAGCUGGCCCACGCGCCCAGGCUGCGGCUGCAGCUCCAGCAGGAGCAGCGGCACUGGGAGCGCAGGUGCGACCGGCAGCGGCGGGAGCAGGAGGCCCGGGAGAGCCGGCUCCUUCCCGCCGCCUUCCCGCCGGGAGGCUCCGAGGUAAUGGAACUUAAUCGAUCUGAGAGUUUACAUUAUGAAAAUUCAUUCCCCGUCAACAAUGCUUUAGUACAAAUGUCAUUUAACACUUUCGACACACCAGCUCCAACAGCCAUCCACCAGGAUGACACCCACCCCCUCAAUAUGUCUAACUCGGACUUGGGAAGGACUAGUGAGAGUCAAGUAGACCUCAAGACGGACGUUUCUCAGCCUGCGGGUAGCAACCAUGAACUGUGGACAGCCGCUGAAUCCUGUGAUCAGACACCCCCUCUCCAUCAAAGCAGCGAGGAUUCUUGUGAAAAUGAUUUGGACAUCUCUGAGAAUGAGUUCCCAACCCCCCAUGACUCAAACCCACACGGCCCGGAGCUGCAGACGUGUAUAGCAGAAGCAAAGCUAAAUCUACAGACAGUGACCAGACAAGACGGGGAAACUGGAGAUGAAGCCGAAGAAAAUAUUGUUUACCUCUAAUUGUGCUGUUGCUGUUUUUCCAAACGAAACAGAACGCUGGCAUUUUGGGGAGAAUUUUUUUGUCCUUUCCUGAUGUGUGUGUGACUGUGUCCAAACUGCUUUAAGAGUAAUAGUUAAUAUUUCAUGCAAGCCCCUUUUGGGGCCAUGAGUCUAAUAAUUAAAUUAUUGAAAGCGCCUCUGCUUCUAUCAUUGUUAACUUACCACAGCUAAUUUCAGAUUUCUGGAGGGUAAAUUAACUUGAAUAAGAAGAAAUAUUUUCAAAGUUACGACUCUGGACUAAAAUUCCAUAUUGCAUUUUCUACUGAGUCAUCUGGUUUUUGAAAUGCCUUUAAGACCUGGAUGAAGCAGUUUGAGUGGGAAGACUGAUAUUUGUGAUGGGCAAACUUUCACAAUCACAGCAGCUGACUCAAGUGUCCUCAAUGCCCCAAAGGCAGAGGAGGGUGUGGGAAAGGCCUUUCUCUGUGCUAGUUUCUCUUUGCAACAUCAGAGGGGUUGCUCCUGGUGGUGACCUGUCACAGUCACGGUGCAACCAACGUGUGCUGUUUGGGCACGGUUUUGAGCAGGAGACCACUCUCCUAUGGACACAAUUUGGACUCUCAUGACCUGGGCCACAUGCUUUGCAGAUGCACUUUCUCAGUCCUAAUGCUGGUUGUUUUUCAAGCCACAUCUUUCAAGAGAGCCCAGAGGCAAGCUCCAGUGUGGUCAAUUUUGAUGUAAAUAGCGAAACUCCAGUAGUGUCCUCAUUUCCCUCAUCUGGCCCUUCCUGCCAGGCCUGGGCGCACCAACUCCCACUCACGGGAAGCAUCUCUGCCCUGCAGUUCUUCAAGGGCAAGACCUGCUCUUGGCAAAGCUCACUGCCAGUUGUGUGCUCUUCCACAAAGGAAAGCUGGCCGUUCUGUCCUCAGAGUGAUAUGGGUCUCUGUGCGAGAAAAUAAACCAGAAAUGUUUGCAGCCGGUCUUCAGAAACACUUGUACAUGUUUCGCUCAGUGUCAAUAAAUGUCUUUUACCUGUCUGUUUUACUUUGAAA